UGUGAGCCCAAGUACUUGAUAUCUCUUCACUUCUUAGUUUGUUACUUUAUUAUAUUAUAUAUAUAUUUAUCCUAUACCUUUUAGAGAUUUGUAUAUACACCGCACCAUGCGUCUCAUAUAUCAUCUUUUAGGAGUAAUUUAUCUUCUAUAUAUAUCAAUAGUCAUUGCUUCCCCACGACUAGAGAAGCUUACCACUCAAUAUCGACCUCGAAAUAGAAUAAAUAAUGGACAAAAUAUAUAUGAAUAUCAACAAGAACCUAUAACUACUGCACAACCAGUUGCUCGAAGAGAUUCAACAAUACUGCCAUUGGAUCAAAGAUCCAUUGAAGAUUGUGAAUUAACUGAUCUUUUAUUAAUAAGUGAUAUAGAAGGUAAUUUACAUGGAGUUGAAAGAAAUAGUGGAUUACUUGUAUGGACAUUACCAAUAGAUGAUCCAUUAGUUAAAAUUCAAACAAAUAAUACUUUUGAUGAAAGUUCUUCAUCAUCUCAAUCAAAUAUAUUAUGGUUUGUUGAACCUUAUGAUGAUGGAUCUUUAUAUUAUUUUACUCCAAGAUUUGGAUUAAAUAAAUUACCUACUAGCAUUAAAGAUUUAGUUCUUGAAUCUCCAUUUUCUUUAAGUGGAGAUGAUAAAAUAUAUACUGGAACAAGAUCAACUUCAUUAUAUACUAUUAAUAUUCAUACUGGAGAAAUAAUUAGUUCAUUUGGAAAUUCAGUUGAUAAUUGUCCAGCUCCAAAUAGUCAUUAUAAAAAUCCUAAUAUUCUUCAUUCAAAUUUAGAUGAAACAAUAAUGAUUGGGAAGACUACAUAUGAAUUAACUAUACAUUCAAAAUUAAAUGCAAAUAUUGUAUGGAAUGUAACAUAUUCUCAAUGGGGUCCAAAUAAUAUUGAUAAUGAUUUAAUUAUGCAAAAUCAACAAAGUUUAGAUAAAUUAUAUUUUACACCAUUUCACGAUAAAUCUUUAUUAGCUAUAAAUAAAGAUCUUGGAACUCCAGUUUGGAUAAGUAAAUUACCUUCAUUAGCUGUGAGUGUAUUUGAUGUAUUUAAUAAUAUAAAGAAAUCAGAAUUUGUUCUUUUACCUCAUCCAUUAAAAGUUUUAAAUGAUUUACAAAUUCAAAUUGAUAAUCAAGGGUAUUCUAAUAAUAAUGAUUUAGUAUUUAUAAAUAAAACUUCAAGUUCAAAUGAAUGGUUUGCUAUGAGUUUUAAUAAUUAUCCUACUUUAGUUAAGAGUGCUCCAAUAUCAAAAUAUCAAUUAAAUUUAUAUAAACUUCAAAAUCAAUAUGAUUAUAAUGAUCCUUCAAUAGAUUAUUUAAAGAAUUUCCGAUUAUUAACUAGUAAAGAUUCUGAAGUUGAAUCUUUAAUUAAUGGUGUACAUAAAUGUUUCUCAUUAUCAAGUCAAAGUUCUUAUCAACCACUGUCUCGAUUCUCGGAUGAACAAAUACCCAUCAAACAAAUUGGUGAUGGAUCUGAUCAAGAUGAUGAUCCUCAACUUCCAAGUAGUAUAGGUAAAAGUCAACAAAUAUUAAAUAAUCCUAAUGAUCUUAUCGGAGGUAUAAAGUUUCCUGGUGAAACACCUACUGGUACUUCUUUAGGUUCAGAAUUAUUAUUAAUUGAUUCAGUUCAUGAUAUUCUUGAACCAACAUUUCAAUAUGAUGAUAUAAUAUCAACUUCUACUAAUUCAGGUAUAACCACCAGUGCCAUUGCUAGAAGAAUUGUAGAAGACUUAGUAGUAUUAUCAGUGCUUCUUUUACUUUUAAUGACAUUUGGUAAAUCCCUGAAAUAUGUAACUGCCAUUCAAAAAUUAUUUUUAGAUUCUUCACUUGAUGAUGAAUCUCAUUUCGUUGAAGAUCAUGAUAUAGAAGUUGAAAUUAAAUCAAAUAAUUCUGAAGUUAAUAAAUCCAGUGAUAUUUCAAAAUCUGAUUCACAAUCAUCAGUACAAGAAAAAAUCGUUAAGAAGGUUACUAUUGUUGAACCAAAUGGAUCACUUGAAGAAGAUCAUGGUGAUUAUGAAGAACGUAGAGAAAUAUCUAAAGUAGAAAUUAUAACUGAAGAUAAGGAAAUAUUUGAAAAGCUUGAAGGAGAAGGUGAUGGAGAUACUACUAAGAAAAAGAGAAAGAGAGGUAGUCGUGGUGGUAAAAGAGGUGGUAGACAUAUUAAUAAAAAUAAACCAGAAAUUGAAGAAUCAACAAAUGAUAAUGAUAAUGAUGAAGGUGAAGAUACAAUUAUUGCUGAAGAAGAAGUAAUAACCACUCAAAGUUUAGUUAAAAGUUCAAGUGCACCUAUUAAAAUACCAAUUAAGAAAUUACAAAUUGAGAAUAAUUUAAUUAUUUCUGAUAAAAUUUUAGGAUAUGGAUCUCAUGGAACCAUUGUUUAUCAAGGUACGUUUGAAAAUAGACCAGUAGCAGUUAAAAGAAUGUUAUUGGAUUUUUAUGAUGUUGCUAAUCAUGAAGUUCGACUUUUACAAGAAAGUGAUGAUCAUCCUAAUGUUAUUAGAUAUUUUUGUUCACAAUCUAGUCAAACUGAAAAAUUCUUAUAUAUUGCAUUAGAACUUUGUUUAUGUUCUUUAGAAGAUAUUAUUGAAAAGCCUAAAAAAUCACUUAAAUUAAGAAUUUGGAAUGUUAAUGAUGUAUUACAACAAUUAGCUAGUGGAUUACAUUAUUUACAUUCAUUAAAAAUUGUUCAUCGAGAUUUAAAACCUCAAAAUAUUUUAGUAGCUGAUGCUAAGAAAAGUAAUAGAAAUUCUUUAAAAUCAACUACAGUUGUUCAACAUGAUGAUGAUCAUAAUGUUAGAUUAUUAAUUUCUGAUUUUGGAUUAUGUAAAAAAUUAGAUAAUGAUCAAUCAUCUUUUAGAGCUACUACUCAACAUGCAGCUCUGGGAACUUCUGGUUGGAGAGCUCCUGAAUUAUUAUUAAAUCAUGAUAUUCUUGAAAUUUCUCCUGAUACUAUAUCUUCUAUUGGUAGUAAUGGAACUAAUAGUUUUAAUGGUAAUAAUACUGGUUUAACUAGUGGGAAAAGAUUAACUAAAGCAAUUGAUAUUUUUUCAUUAGGUUGUGUUUUCUUUUAUAUAUUAACUGGAGGUAAUCAUCCAUUUGGGGAUAGAUAUUUACGUGAAGGUAAUAUAAUUAAAGGAGAAUAUGAUUUAUCAUUAUUAAAUAUUAAAUGUCCUAAUGAUAAAAAUGAAGCUAUUGAUUUAGUUUCUCUGAUGAUUUCAGCUAAUCCAUCAAAGAGACCAAAUACUAUGAAAAUUUUAAAACAUCCUUUAUUCUGGUCGGUCAACAAGAAAUUAGAAUUUUUAUUAAAAGUUAGUGAUAGAUUUGAAAUUGAAAAAAGAGAUCCACCUAGUGACCUUUUAAUAAAAUUAGAAGAAAGAGCUGAAUCUGUAUGUCAAUUAGAUUGGCAUCUGAAAUUUGAUGAAGAAUUUUUGGAUAAUUUAGGUAAAUAUAGAAAGUACCAAACUGAAAAAUUAAUGGACUUAUUAAGAGCUCUUCGAAAUAAGUAUCAUCAUUAUAAUGAUAUGCCAGAACAUUUACAAAAACAAAUGAGUCCAUUACCUGAUGGAUUUUAUCAAUAUUUUAAUCAAAAAUUCCCAAACUUGUUAAUGCAAGUAUACUUUUUAGUUGAACAGAACUUAUCGCACGAACAUGUGUUUAAGGACUAUUACUGAACUUUUGACUCACACGCACAAUACAAUACAAUACAACAAUACAAAUAAUCUCAUAUGAGAUUUCAUGAGAAUAUGAAUCUUUUUUUUUCUUCUAGUUCCUCAAGAACUAUACACCAUUUGGUGGAGUUUAUAUUACUUUGCAUUUUAUAUUUCAAUUCUUUAAUUCAUAUAUUCUAAUAAAUUAUAUACAAAUUUUUCU